CUGAUCUGCCCAGGUUAUAGUUGCUCCUCACACCUUUCGUCGCUUUCCCUUUCCUCCAACUCACCAACCGCUUCGAAAUGCUUCACUAAGCCAGUCUGCGGGUAUCCUUGCUGCCCGAUUCCUAUGCUCUCCCAAAAACAGUCGCAGUUGCAUCUCAACGUCACUACGUCACAUGACGUCUGAGUCAGGAUCUCCAUGAUCGACACUCAACGCUCAAAGGCUUUUCUUUUUUCUUUCUCUUAACUUAAAGAUUUCGCAGACUGGGCAGCAAUUCAGGCAGUACAGGCUGUACAGGCAGUACCAUUGCAUGCGACGGAAGUUCAUCCCAUGACGUGAUCUAUAUAACUGCUGUGUCUUCCUCGCCAAUCACUUCAACGUACCCGAAUCAUCCUGCCACACCGCAUCCAACUUCCCCGAUCGGCUCUCGUUUCAGAUGGUGCUCGCCACGUCUCCUGAGAUGUCACACUUAUCGUUCCAGGCCUCUUAGUCUGCCCUUAUCACGCCAUGCCCCUAUUCCGAGAUCCGGAUCGGCGGCGCCAUUAUCUAUGGUCACCGGACCAUAGUGGACGGGAACAGCCAACUACAGGGUCCUCUCAGUCCCUCAAUGAUCUUCGCCACCAAGAUUGCACAGAACCUGUCCCUAACUAUACAGAGCCUUCGUUGCAGUCAACGGAAUCGGACAUGUCAGGACCGUGGGCCAAUGAUCGGGAGGAGCUCAUACAUCGCAUCAAGGAAUCUUCGCCUUGGAGACUUCAACCCUCGUCCACGGACAGGGAAGAUGGUGACGUCUUCAUGCCCCGCAGGUCACAGGAACAGCAUCAAACUGUAUUCGGGCAACAUCAAGAGCCUUCCAUCGGAAAUCAACAUCGCACAGAUGAGACGGAGGAACUGGGAUCGCCGGCCGAUAUCCAGAGACCUCGGUCAGCGUUACACUCGGGCGACUUCAGGGAAGGUGCCACAGAUCACCAUGAUCCACCAACGUCCCGACCUCUAUUUAAGGAGCGAGACACAGCUUCUCCUUUUGCUCACUUGAGUUCUUCUCCUACAACUCCUUGGUUUGAAACUCCGGCAUUUUCGUCCUUGCGAACCCCAAACACAUCAAAUCUGCAAUCCAAUCCGUUCGCCGGGAACACCCGUGCUCGGGCACCUUCGCUGGGUUCGUUCUCGUCAAGUUAUGUCCUCAAGGCUCCAACAAGUCCGCUGGUAUAUCAAGCAAAUAACACGGACCUGGACUUUUCGCCUCGCAUCGAGCCCGUGGAUGUUUCGGAGCCUUCAGAGAAAGCGAACCGUCGCCGGACUUUACCGCCAGAGACUUUCGGAAAUCUUCAACUUUCCCUGCCAAGCCAACAUGCCAUGAACAUUGGCAGUCCAUGCCCGCCCGGGAGGCAGAGGGAUUUGUUCGCCAAUCAAAACUCUCAUCCUCGCCGUUCAUUGACUUCAGCCUAUAGUCUUCAGCUUGCACCGUCACCUGCGGGUCAAGUCCUGCCAUCUCAUUUUAGAAGGCCAUCUCUAAGCGGCGACAACUCGUCUAAACCGCAUGCUCCCAUGGUAGGGUCUUACGAGGAGUCGAUCUUGCGGGGACGGAUGUCCAUGAAUCCUUCCAAGCCGCUGGAUUUCACGGCUCAGAUCGGUGUACUGGGGAAAGGCAAAUGCAAAGGUCACCUCAAGUGCCCGCCACACGUUACGGUGCCUUUCCCAGUUGUCUUUUACAGCUACCCGACUUCAGGCAGCGGACGGUCUAUCUCAGAUGACAACCCAAGUCCAUAUGUGGGACAAAUUGACCUUGAGAACUCACUUCCUAAAGAGAAUGAAGCUCCAACUAGACGUCGCAGGCGGCACACAAGUCCAGCAGGGCACCGGGAAGGCACGCCUGCCGCAGAUGGAGCAAACACUGCCCGAAUAUCCGAAGCAGACAGCCGUCGCCGCAGAGAAAAGAAGAGUCGCAGGUCCGAAUCACCUAAAUGCCCUCCGGGAGGGUCCUAUCGAAUACCGCAGCAAGGCCAGCUACAGAUUAUAAUCAAAAACCCUCACAAAACAGCGGUUAAGCUGUUCUUAGUUCCAUAUGACCUCAGUGAUAUGGAGCCUGGUACAAAGACCUUCAUUCGGCAACGCAGUUAUUCGGCUGGUCCGAUCAUCGACAUGCCGCUCAGUGCACGAAAGAACUUUGGGACCGACCGUCCGGAAGCUUCUUUGAAUGCCACGGAAGAUCCCCAAGAUAAACCGACUUUGCGAUACUUGAUUCAUCUAAAUAUUUGCUGCCCCGCACGUGGGCGCUUUUAUCUGCAUUCGAGCAUCCGGGUGGUAUUUGCCAAUCGUGUCCCUGAUGGCAAAGAGAGGCUGAGGAAUGAAAUUCAAAAUCCUGAGCCUCGCUAUAGCCCAUACAAACCCUCUCGAGAUUCUUCGCUAGCGACGAGCACAAAUGCUCGAGGGGCGAUUGAGAAAGCAUAUCGCAGGCGGAGUGUCGGCCAGGGAACAAUCCAUUCCCUUCGUCCUCAUUUGUCGUCACCAGGUGGCCUUCCCUCGCAGCUGGAGGCUCCAACACCUACGGACCUUGACGGUUCCUCCCACCUUAGCCCGCGCUCGCAAACUACUUCUCUGUAUCACAAGCUCACCAAAGAUGAUGUGGGAUAUGGGGGCCACCCUUUCAUCCCAAGUCAGACUGGCCCGGAAGCUGGUGAGAGCUUGCUUGCCAAAAGACUCCGAGGCCUCGACGUCCAUCGAACCGAAUCAUCCCCAGUAGAUGAGCGCCAUCCGCGCACACUGGACUUCCUCAAUCGAUUCCACCCCUCUCAUAACCAUCAUCAUUGAACGAGAGCCUAGCGCCUUGCUCUCCUCCUCCUUCUCCUUCUUCUCCUCGCCUUGUACGGAUCUCGUUCGGCCACCUCAUCGGUAUAAUAACCAUCUCCCACUUACUUGUAUCGUGACUUUGACUUGACAUGUAACUCAAACAUGCAAUCUACUGCAAGUUUAGAACAGGGCAGCAAAACCAAAAACAUCAAAAGAGAAGAAAAUCAACAAUUUGACACACCAAAGGCGCACCGGUCUGCAGCCGAUCGCUGUUUAUAUUAAUCCACAUUAUAGCAUCGACAACUCUUCACAUCCACGCACAAGCGAUGAGUGUUUUUUAUGUCUCCUUUUAUCAUUUGGACAUUUGUUUCUGUUCGCAAUGCUCAUGCUCUUUUGGUAUAUAUGGGUUACUCAGGCGCUUGGACUGUUGACUAUACCCCUUCUUUUUCUUGGUCUUUAACCAUGUUGGAG